AUGGCGCCGUGGACGUUCUGGCGCUGCUGCCAGCGCACAGUGGGCUGGGUGCCGGUGAUCUUCAUCACCUUCGUGGUGGUCUGGUCCUACUAUGCCUACGUGGUGGAACUGUGCGUGUUUACGAUGUCUAAAAAUGGAGACAAUGGAAAGGCCGUUGUUUACCUUGUGGCUUUCCAUAUGUUCUUUGUUAUGUUUGUGUGGUCCUAUUGGAUGACAAUUUUCACAUCUCCCGCUUCCCCCUCCAAAGAGUUCUACUUAUCCAGUUCUGAAAAGGAACGUUAUGAAAAGGAAUUCAACCAAGAAAGACAGCAAGAAAUUCUGAGAAGAGUAGCAAGGGAGUUACCAAUCUAUACCUCAUCGGCUUCAAGGACCAUCAGAUAUUGUGAAAGAUGUCAGUUGAUAAAGCCUGAUCGCGCACAUCACUGCUCAGCAUGUGACAAAUGCAUUCUUAAGAUGGAUCAUCACUGUCCUUGGGUGAAUAACUGUGUGGGAUUUUCUAAUUAUAAGUUUUUCCUGCAGUUUUUAUUGUAUUCCCUAUUAUACUGCCUUUUUGUGGCUACAACAGUUCUACAGUACUUUAUCAAAUUUUGGACGAAUGAACUCUCUGAUACCCGUGCAAAAUUCCACGUGCUUUUUCUUUUCUUUGUGUCUGCAAUGUUCUUCAUCAGCGUCCUGUCACUUUUCAGCUACCACUGCUGGCUGGUUGGAAAAAAUAGAACAACAAUAGAAUCAUUCCGUGCACCCACAUUUUCUUAUGGACCUGAUGGAAACGGUUUCUCUCUUGGAUUCAGUAAAAAUUGGAGACAAGUCUUUGGCGAUGAGAAGAUAUUCUGGUUACUUCCAAUAUUUUCAAGCUUAGGUGAUGGUUGCAGUUUUCCAACGCGUCUUGUGGGGAUGGAUCCAGAACAAGCUACUGGCACAGGCCAGAAUGAAUAUGCCAGAAGUAUUGGAUCAAAUCAGCCCUUUCCUAUUAAACCGCUUAGUGAAUCUAAAAACCGCCUGUUGGACAGUGAAUCUCAGUGGACAGAGAACGGAGCUGAAGAAGGCAUUGUCAGGCCAGGGACAAAUAACCAUGUUACAGUGACAAUAGAAAAUUGA